CGUGCGGCAUUUCUUGAAUUUAAUGUAGUGCGGCUUUUGGAUUAUUAAUAUUAGCACAGAUUCUUCGCUAAGAGCAACGAAAGUGGCCAGCUUCAUGCCCCACAACUACUGAAUAGUGACGAGUUUGCAGUUAACAGGGUAACCGGUUCCCAGUGCCAUACUAAGAACAUUUUGUUUGCUAUAGAAAUGAAUACGGUACAAGAAUAGCCUUAAAUGUAUGGGAGUUCAGCAAUAAACGAUGCUCAAAAGGUGUCUUCAGUUACUUUACAAUGAGAACUUUUCGAUAUUUGGCGUUGCUGGCAGCGGCAUCGUUUUUGUUGCUAUUGUACUACAUAUACCGGGUUGGAGACCGGCCCAAUUUUAGCGAUCAAGAUUUGCCUGACCGUUUCUCUAAUGGGCAAACAAAAGCUGAAAUAAAAAGAAAAUCUUAUACUAGUUCAUCGAAUGGAACCGAGAUCUCGGUAGUGGUGGUGGCAUGCAACGAAAGGCACAACGAAGCCCUCAACAUGAUCAAGUCGGCAAUAAUGUUCAACCGCAAUCUAUCGCCGCUACGAUUUGUUGUAAUAGCAGAAGAAAAGUUGAAGCUUAAUUUUAUGGAAAAAUUGAACGAUUGGCAGGAGGUGACCGAUCGAAUAUUUACCUACGAAAUCCAUUCCCUAACCUUUCCACGAGCCAAUAAGGAUGAAUGGAGGAAACUGUUUAAACCAUGUGCUGCCCAAAGACUCUUCUUGCCGUCACUACUUCAACAUCUGGAUGCGGUGCUGUACGUUGAUUCCGAUACCGUGUUUCUAUCGCCCGUACAGGAAAUAUGGUCAAUGUUUCAGAGCUUCAAUGCGUCUCAGUUUGCGGGCAUGGCACCGGAACAUGAAGAUACAAAUGCAGGAUGGUACAACCGGUUCGCUCGCCAUCCGUACUAUGGCGAGCUGGGAGUGAACUCAGGUGUCAUGCUUAUGAACCUUACACGAAUGCGAGACUUUCGCUGGGAAGAACACAUACUGCCAAUUUAUCGCGAGUAUCGCUUGCAACUAGUUUGGGGCGAUCAGGAUAUAUUGAACGUUCUAUUCCACUACAAUCCAGACCGGUUAUAUAUCUUUCCUUGUGAUUGGAACUAUCGUGCCGACCACUGCAUGUACAUGAGCGUGUGCGACGCUCCGGAUGGGGUAAAGAUAAUCCACGGAAAUAGAGGAUACUUCCAUUCGCGAGCACAGCCCAUCUUUAAUCUUAUCUACUCGACCAUUGAAGAGUUUACAUUUCGGACAGAUGUUUUCGGUAACUUCAUACGCACAAUCGAAGAAUCGCUGGUGCUACCAAGCAACUCGAACUGUGAUAAACUAUUGGACAAAUUCUUACAAGAUCCGCGCAAACACUUCAAGGAAAAUCAGUACGAAGAGGUAACGUAGCGCAUGGUAAUGGCAUUUGGUCGGUAGUAUGUUUUUUGGAGAACCUUUAAGUCAUCUCUUAAACUUAAACUCGCAACGUCCAUUCCACGAUGAUAUUUGUACCAGAACGGGGAGCUUAACGACCAAUACUCACGAAGCAGAUUUCUGUAGUGUAAUGUUACAAUCAUGCUAAACGUAAGAUCAAGUAAUGUAGUAAAUGAGCAACGUGUGUAUAAAUAAA